AUGGCAGACAAGAAAGCAUCCCCAGAGACAGAACAUAUUGAAUCCGAGAUAAAAUCGGAUCCAUCUAGUCUGAUACCUCCCCUUAUGUCAGAAAGACAACCAUAUGGCGAAUCUGGCCUAAGCGGUAUCCUCACGAACAAGUAUGUAGCAGCAUGUGCCGCAUUCGCAACGAUGGGCGGAGCAAUGUUCGGGUACGACCAAGGAGUCGUCUCCAUAACCCUUACAAUGGACCAAUUUCUUGAACGAUUCCCAGAGGUUGGCCCCGAUGCCCCCGGUGCAGGAUUCCAGAAAGGAAUUCUCACUGCCAUGAUCGAGCUAGGAGCCUUCCUUGGAGCAAUGAACCAGGGAUGGAUUGCCGACAAGAUCUCUCGCAAGUGGUCUAUUAUGGUCGCAGUAAUCAUCUUCCUCUUUGGCUCCGCCCUACAGACGGGAGCUAUGAGUUUCGAAAUGUUGGUAGGUGCCCGGUUUGUUGGAGGUAUUGGUGUCGGCAUGCUGGCUAUGGUGGCACCGCUGUAUAUUUCUGAGAUUGCGCCACCGGAGAUUCGUGGUACUUUGCUCGUUUUGCAAGAACUCGCUAUUGUUACUGCUAUUGUGAUCGCUUUCUAUAUCACCUAUGGUACACGAUACAUUCCUGGUGAAUGGGCGUGGCGCCUUCCUUUCCUCAUUCAGAUGAUUCCGGCCAUAUUCCUCGGCGUCGGCAUUCCUUUUUUACCAUAUUCACCUCGUUGGCUCGCUGCUCGAGGCCGAGAUGAAGAAGCACUCAAGGUUCUCUGCAAAUUGCGCGGUGUUGACGCCACGGACGAGCGAGUGAUUCGAGAGUGGGUUGAGAUUCGCUCCGAAGUGGCGUAUUGCAAAGAAGUGAGCAUUGUGAGACACCCAAAGUGUCAGGAUGGAAGUUACACCAGCCGUGCUAUGCUUCAUAUCUGGAGCUAUCUGGACUGUUUCCGCAAGGGAUGUUGGAAGCGAACCCAUGUCGGUAUUGGACUGAUGUUCUUCCAACAGUUCGGCGGCGUCAACGCCCUCAUAUACUACUCACCCAGUCUAUUCGCAGGCAUGGGUCUAGGAUACGAAAUGCAGCUCCAUAUGUCUGGCGUCAUUAACAUCUGCCAAAUGCUAGCCUGCUUCUGGUCACUAUGGGGAAUGGAUAAAUUCGGUCGGAGACCGUUGCUCUUUGGCGGUGCUAGCUGCAUGGUACUUGCGCAUUUCAUCAUCGCCGUGCUAAUGAGCCAAUACCAAUCAAACUGGCCUGCGCAUUCAACAGAGGGCUGGGUUUGCGUCGCUUUCCUGUGCUUCUUCAUGCUGACCUACGGAGCUACUUGGGGUCCUAUCCCUUGGGCUAUGCCAGCUGAGAUUUUCCCUUCUUCGCUACGUGCUAAGGGAAUGGCGUAUGCCACAAUGUCGAACUGGCUCAACAACUUCAUCAUCGGUCUUAUUACCCCACCCCUUGUGCAAAACACUGGAUAUGGAACUUAUGUGUUCUUCUGUGUGUUCUGUGCUCUUUCGUUUGUUUGGACAUGGCUUUUUGUUCCAGAGACUAAUGGGAAAACUUUGGAGGAAAUGGACUCGGUCUUUAAGGAUAACAGUUCGAGCGCGGAGAUAGAACAGCGCACAAGAAUUGAGGCUACAAUCUGGGCCCAUGUCGCGGGGCGAUCUCAUGGACUCGAAGGCACUCAUCAACUUACUUAG